ACGUUUUUCAUUCGUGCGCGAACGAUCGUCGACGACGAGCGAAACUCUCGUUCGAUCAUUUGCGCGAAAGCGAACGGCGCACGUCGUUUAACCGCGAACCCCAGCUGAGUUUCGCGGAAAGUAGGUUUAGAAAAAUAUUUCAGCACGUGCGUGGAAAACGUGGAAGGGAGGGUUGCGGACUGCAUCACAUUAAUGCACCUGACGAUUGGUCGCGAGUCGGAGGCUCGGCCGGACCGUUUAAAAAUAAAUUACCACCGCGCGUAGUGUCGCGCGAGUUAAAUUGAAACCGGCCAGUGCACUCGGGGAAUUUACGUUGGGCGUUCGGUAGCUCGCGCGCAUUGGAAGUCGUUUCCCGACCACCGUCGUCUUCGCCGUCCUUGCUAUCGUCAUCGUCUUCAAAUUCGCCUGUGCGUUGAUCGUUUGCUCGCGGAAUGACGUGUGCGACCGGGAACACGUGUGAGUGAUCCGUGUGUUUCACGCUUGUGUCGUCGUUAAAUCAAUUCGAGUGUUAUCUACGUUUGAAUGUGCGCGACGAAAGGUCGAGUCUAACCUCGAAAUCUUGCGAACUGUUCUCCGACUUGCGACCACGUUUUCUAGUGUACCGCGUUUCGCGAUAGUGUGAAAAACGCGCGUGCCGAAGAGAAUAUCCUGAGAUCGACUAGACCUUUUGUGUUCCAAAGCCGUCGGAGGAUUACCCGGGAUAUGGUGCUACGAUAAAUCGUGACGAUGUCUAUUUAACAGUGGGUAUGUCAACCUGAAAGGAAUCGUCGAUUGUUGCUGUGCUUUGUGAUCCACGAUGUAAAGCGAGACCAAGUUGACCGAGGAACGAUAUAAAGAGUGCAGUGCUACUUUAUGGAGUUUUGAUCAAUGUUCAUAGGUCAAUUACGAGCAAUGUGUAUACUAUAUACUAUGAGACAUGUUGGUAAGGCAGCCUUAAGGUGAAAUGUUUCGUAGUUUACCGGAUAGGGUGGCUGGGCUCUAUUAUGGCCACGGCCUGUUUUGCUCCUCCCAUCCUAUUGCUGUUAUUUCAUUGGCAAUCUCGAUUAUAUUAUUAUGUUGUUAUCCUUUGGUCAAUUUGCCUAUGCCUGGCAACGCACCACGAACUAUAAUCAAUCAUACUGUUGUACCUGAAAACAAUACAGAAAACUCUGUGUUUUAUGUGCAACAAGUGGUAUUAAGAGCUGGAGUUAUUCCAUGGAUGGAAGAGUUAACGUUAAUGGAUGCUUUUCGGGGUCCACUUUAUGAAAUUUUUAAUCUUUUAGAGAUUAUACAAAAUUAUCAGCAUCCAGGAACGUUGAAAACCCUCGAUCAAGUGUGUUUACACAUUGAAGCUGUUAAGAAAAGAAAUGGUAAAAAACCAGAAGUUUUACCAGAAUACAAUUGUCUUGUUCUUUCACCGGCUAACUUGUGGCAGCGAAGUAUUGAAUUAUACGCACAAGAUACAAAUCUUAUAAAUACAAUUUAUUCUUAUCAGAAUCUGCAAAAGGGUAAAAUUAGUUUGGCCGAAAUAAUGUUUGGAAUGAACCUUAAAGAAACUGGAAUAAAAAGGUAUCCAAUUCGUCUUCGACAGAGAAUUUUACAAUAUGCUGUAACUAUUUAUUUAAAGGACUAUGAUUCAGAAUUUAUAAAAGGGUUACAACAUAGAUUAAAAAGUUAUUACCACCUUCAUCAAACAGAAGGUGAUAAUGCUACACAUGUACCCAUGGAUGAAACAUUACAUAUCUUUUAUCCUGGUGAAUUUAAUUAUAGUGACUUCUUUCCACUAAUGAUGACAUUUAAUGCCUUGUUCUUCUAUGUUUAUUUCUCCGUGAGGAAGAUAGAAGUAGUGAAGUCAAAGAUUGGUAUAGCAUUUGGUGCAACUAUUACAGUGAUAAGUUCAUUGUCUAUGACAGUGGGUGUAUGCUUUUUCUUUGGUUUAACUUUAAGCUUAAGCGGAAAAGAAGUGUUCCCAUAUUUGGUAGUUAUUGUAGGGUUGGAAAAUGUUUUGGUAUUGACUAAAAGUGUAGUCAGCACUCCAGCGCAUUUGGAUGUGAAAAUACGCGUCGCUCAAGCUUUGUCCAAAGAAGGUUGGUCCAUUACUAAAAACCUACUUACAGAAGUAACAAUCUUGACAAUUGGAUUGUUCACCUUUGUACCAGCCAUUCAAGAGUUUUGUAUUUUUGCCAUUGUUGGAUUAGUCAAUGACUUCUUUCUCCAAAUGGUCUUUUUCUCGACAAUUCUCGCUAUCGAUAUCAAACGUACGGAAUUAUCCAACGAAUCGUCUAAAUUCCAUUUUCCGAACGUUCCAACCACGCGAAAGCAACAAUUUACAACAACUAUAACAAGUAGAAAGCCGAAUAUCUUUAGAUCAAAGUCCCAUCCAAGGUUAAAUGGCUUGUCCAACGGUCCGACGACUGUUAUAGCUCCGAACACACAAAAUACGCAUACAUUGGGUAAAAUUCCAAAACGUUUACGUCUAGUUCACUUUUGGGCGCGAACGCGAAUAUUUCAGCGUGCGUUUAUGGUAUGGAUGGUUGUGUGGAUCAGCAUGAUUAUUUAUAAUUCUGGCAUCGUUGAACACGUGAUACAUUUGAGUGAAACGUUGAAAUCGGAAAAUGAUAUCGAUGGGUAUACUUUAGACAGACCCCAAACCAUGAACAAUUAUGUAGAAUUAAAUACAAUGAAACCACUGUCGAUACUAUCCGCUACCAUUGCUCCGGAUCAUUUGAACAGACAGGACGAUUUAAGCAAUAAUGUUACCGAGGAAUUAAAUAAAUUAAAACCUGUGGACUUUCCCUCUUGGAACCGAUUAUCGCUUUAUCAUUGGUCCUCGAUUCUUUCUAUGUACAAUAUUUCGGCUGCUGGCGGACGUAUAACUAUAUUGCCCACAAUGAAAUUUUCUCAUGCUGUAAGUCCACAGUUGGUCAAACAAAUUAGCAAUCCCAACGAUGUACAACAUUUUCAGUGGCACAGUCUUGCUACCGCAGCUCUCGAUCCCUUAGACUUUUCAGAUAUGGAGCUACCAACUAGGUCCGAAGGUCGUGGUUUUAACGCAGACGCUCCUUUCAUUCCGUCGAGUCCGAUGGAAAUAUUUUUGGCGGCAGUACUUUGUCUCAUCAGUGUCAUUGUUGUUGCUUAUACGAUGGUUGUUCUUUAUCGUUGUAUUUGUUCGAGAAACUACGCCGAAUGGCGAGCUAGCUGGUAUCAACCAGAAAAAGCUCACGAUUCGACGACACAUUUAGUUCUGGAAGCAUUGCCGCUAGUCCUUGAAGGACACACGCAAGAAGUGGAGUGCAUUGCUACGGAUAGCAACACCAUUGCUAGUACGUGUUUAGCUGGACAUAUCAGAGUAUGGGACGUAACGUCCGGCGAGCAGCUAGCUCACAUAGAUAGAAAACAGUUUUUUAGCAGUCCGCAGAAAAACUUAAGCCAAACAACACCAGAUGUGGACGAAUUAAUGUCAGAUUACGAAAGUGGUUCGCCACCUUCAAGAGGUGAAAUGGAGAACACCAAUUCGUUUGGUUUGUACUCGGCUGUCCACUGUAGAAAAUCAUCUCCUGGAUUGUGCAAUAUGCAAAGAGGACAAAAUAAUAAUACUAAGAGACAUUCGAUGGGAAAUACGUUAGAUUAUGAUUAUCAGACGAACGAAUUUAGCACGGAAAAACGAAAACAUUUACGAAGAAGUUUAGAUAACGCUUACGAUAUUCCUGACCUGAAAUCGACAAUUAAUAUUAAAUUUUCGUCCAUGAAACACUCUCAGAUACAACAAAAUUAUGAACCAGGAUUCGAUUUUGGUGAUCAGUACAAAUACCUGAUCGAAGAACAUAACAAAUCUAUAGACAAGUUACAGAAAUCCGAAAGUUUAGAACAGUUAUGCGUACCUAAUGGAAGACUAAAUUCGUCUGGUUUUCUGGAUAGUAUAUCUUCGUUGAAUGGAGACAGAACUGUGCAAUUUUCACAGAUGAUAUCUCCUAUCUGGUGCAUGGAUUACCAAGAAAACCUUAUAGUAGUAGGAUGCGCUAACGGAAGUUUAGAAUUUUGGGAAGGUACUACAGGUAGAUUCAAGUGUUUAUUCGAUGAUGGAUCGGGGAUCGGAAUAUCCGCCAUUAAAUUCGUCGGCAGUAGAGUCAUAGCAGCUAAGUUAAGCGGAUCUGUUGACUUUCUGCAGUUAGAGAGUUAUAGCGAAGGUCAACAAAUUGAUUGGGGUUUUACCUCAUAUAGAAGAACUCACGUUAGAACGGGAAGUGCUGGCUCACCUAUGGAUAUAAAUAACAUCAUGCAAUCUGAAGAAGACCUUCGUUGCAUGAAAAUUAGUUCUCAUAGAGCACACCAACAAGCAAUAACUGUGCUUGAUAGCGAGGGUGGUCGUGUUUUAACUGGUAGUCAGGACCAUACUCUCAAAGUAUAUAGAUUAGAGGAUCAAUUGCCAUUAUAUACCCUUCACGGACAUAAUGGGCCCAUAUCUUGUCUGUUUAUUGACAGGAUGAGUCCCAUGACGUCCGGUAGUGGAUCUCAAGAUGGACUGUUAUGCGUUUGGGAUCUUCUAACCGGAACGUGUAUGUACAGUAUACAGGCUCACGAUGGUGCGGUGGCAGCUAUUACAUGUUCCGUGUCGUAUGUGAUAAGUAUCGGAACUGACGAAAGGUUGUGUGUGUGGGAACGGUUUCAGGGACACUUACUACAUGCUCUUCCAGCACACAGAUCAGCAUACAGUUUACAAUUAGUCAUGUUAACGCAUCAUUUACUCAUCACUAGCAAUCAGGGGUCACUAGUAGUUUGGGACGUAAGGACGGGGGAGCCUGUACGCGAAGUGAGGUUGGGUCACAAGGAUAGUUGUAUUUUCGUAAAACAAAUGUUAGCGUUAAGGGAUAGCGUAGUAUGCGAUUUCGGAAGACAAUUACGAAUAAUCAGGUUCCCGUUGGUCUCUGACAAGCUAGAUUAAGAUCUGUAUAUGCACGUUGUACAUAGUUGUUUCGGUUUCGAUUUUUCUUAUUUAAUUUUAAUACUUGCGCAAAAUCUUACGCGUUGCUUGGGGAUAUAGAUUUUUACACGACGUACAUUUUAUAUUUUAAGUCGUACACAGUUUUACUAUGAAUGCUUCGCAUUACCGACUACGUCAUAGUCGCGCCUUAAUGUUUAUACUCCAUCGAGACAGUAAAUAAAAUACGUUUGUCAUUUUCAACGAGUAACGUAUACAGAUCUUUAAUCGAUUUCCCGGGGAACAGAUUGUUCGUGUAAAUUAAAAUCGAUAUCGUGACACGACUGCACCGUAAGAGUUGCAGGACGCAAAACUGAAAACAAUGACACGCGAUAUGGAAAAUCCAUAUUUUUAAAUGAUUAAAACAAGAGGAUGACCUAAAUCCUGGUAUCUUUAUUCAUUGUCUUAGAAGAAUGGCUGUGCUACAUUUUGAAGCAUCUGUUUCAUUUCACGAUGUAACUUAGGAGUAUUUCCGUAGCGACGUUCAUUUUGUAUAUGUAAAAGGUUUCAAAACAAAUUUAUAAGCUCUAACUGAUAUUAUGAUAAGUAGAAACUGCAUUUGUUAAACCGGUGCUGUUCCAUAACACAGAUGUGCUGGGUUUUCACUUCUGUGUGUUUAAAAACAAGUGCGUAGCAAUAUUAAUUAAUCACGAAAUGUAAAUGAUAAAAAUGGUUAAACGUUAUUGGAUAAAGAAUGUGAUGUCGUCUGAUGUUUCGGUUUAUCAAAGUUAGGGCCAAAAGUUUGAGGACUGGUCCAGCACACCAAGUAUUUGAACUUAAAAAGUUUUUAAAUAAACGUUGCGAAGUUUUACGUUAAUUAUAUAGUAACAUUUCAUUCUUUGUAUAUGUGUAACCUAGUUACAUGUAUAAUGGUCUAAAAGUGCCUUUAUUCGGUCUUUAUUUAGUCAGACUAAGUAAAGAAGUGUUGUAGUAAAGGAUUAUAAAAAUUGAACAAAUAGAUCUCAGUCUUCUGGUUCGUAGCACUUUCUACGCGACUUUGAAGAAGACUUAAACUAACUGUAUGCUAAAUGUUGAUACAUUUAGAACAUUAAUCUUCAGCUGUUGAUCGGAGAGUAAUUUACGCUUUACGCUCGGCAACAAGAGUUCUGUUCACAUAGCUAGGAUUAAUACGCGGAAUGGAACUCCCGAAUUCAAAGAUUCAACAUUUAACAUCUCCUUUACUAAACGUUUAGUCUUGUUUAGCUUUAGCAGUCUAUUUUUGUAAGGAGAAUCAUCGCUCUUAAGCGAGCUAACAUGGGUCCUAUUUUAUAUAUAAAAUAUAUACUAUUAUAGAAGACUUACAAGUGUGUAUUGAUAAAAUAUCUUUUUGCUUCACAACGCAUGAUAGUUCAAAGAGUAUGUACAUUUUACGGCACAUUUAAAAGAAAAAGUAAAGCAAAGUGUACAAAGAAAAUUUUGAUCAAGUCCAUGUGAAAAGCUAUAUAGAAUCAUUGUUAGAGAGUGUUUAAUGUUUCACAAAAGAUUCCUAACAAUUAACUGGACGUGUAUUUGAAUGAAAGUUUUGAAACAUCGUUUUUAUUUUAUCGAAAUAAAAGAUUUUUUAAUCUACCAUGUAUAAAACUUCAGUGUACUCUUUAACUGUACGUGAACUUCUAUGCUUCCAGCGAUGUGAUACACGAGAGUACAUGAACAGCUUCCACUGAAAUACUAAAAUGCCACGCAAUUUGUUAAACGGGAGACUAAAUUUUAAAUUUUUUGUUUCUGCGAAAGGGUCCAAAGGAUUUGAAAAUUUUCACGCGAAUAUUUCCAGUUAAUUAUAGGGUAUACUUUCCACAAUUAAAGUUUGAUAUGUGUGAUGCGAAAUGAAUGUUAUAAUAUAAUGAUCUAUAUGCCUUUAGACUGAAGUGUAAGACGAUUUCUAUUGACGAGUCUCUUUUAUUUUCUGAUACCCUAUUUGAGGUUAACUAGAGCUUGAAGUCACGAUCAUUGAUCUAUUAAUAUAGAUAUAUAUAUACAUAUAUACAUAUAUAUUUUUCUUAACCAAAGUUGUAAAUCAUAUCAGGUCAUGGCAUGCUCUUACACGUAGGGAUUAAUUGACGAAAACAAAGCAAAAAGGGAAAAAAAUAUCUAAAGUGCUUUUAUCGGCUUGGCUGAUUAGCUAACGAUCAUUUAGGAGUUAGUGUGAUUUUUAUAUUUAUUUAAUUAAUUUAACAUGUGUAAAUGUGUCGUACACCAGAUAUAUUGUUCUUAAUAAAUUCUCACAUUUAUUAGAUCUUGAUUUCUUUUUGUUCUCGUAAUUUCGUUUACAUUCUAGCACCUUUUUUUUGUAUUAGAUCGAUUCGUCAAUGAAUUGGUUCAUAAUUAUUGACAAAUGUUCAGUCCUUCCCUUUCUUCCUUAUAAAGUAGGAAACACAAUAGAAAGAAAACAUGCUGUUACUAAAAUUAACAGUGUAUUUAUUGAAUGAUUUUUCAAUAAAUAUAACGCAUUGCUGAAAACAAUCGAAUGAUCGCGUCUUUUGGUUAAAUAUUAGAGGGGGAAGAUAUGACUAGAGAUAUAACAAAAGUAUUUUUAGAAAAUGAUACUCUAAUUAUUUUGAACAGUGUAGUCAUUUUAGAAAAAUAGCUCAAUUGUUUAUAAAAUAUCGAUAUCAACAGAUCAAUCAUGGUGGGAGGGAUUCUUGUAAAAGCCAGAAUAUUGGAGACUUUUGAAUUGUGAUUUUAAUAAAUGCAGCUAAUACCUUAUUUUUUUUGUUUUUUUUUUUCGGAAUGAUUGAAAUCCUCUUCUUGUUACAAAUAUAGCAGAAAAUUGUCGGAGAUCGUAGUAGAAUGGAGUAUCUUUGAUGUAGAAUAAUUUCUACAGUAAAUAGUUUGGUCCAAAUUUAGUGGAAUUUUCCUUUUGGCGAGAAUUAAGUUGUUAACCUGAUAGGCAAAGCAACGAUAAGAAAAAGUGGUUUUAACAGUAGGAGGGAAUUCUAAGAGAUCAAUGGGCGUUGUAAGAGGUGGAGGUAUUAUUCCACGAUUAGAUUACGUGCGUAAUGUCGAAUGCAAAUUUUAAUCUUUUAUAAGAUAUCAAAGAUGCGAUAUGAAAUCUACAGAAGAUCAUGCGUAUUAUAUACGGCUGCAUAUUACAUUUAUUGUUAUUAAUACCACAUUUUGUAAUGAAUAUUUUCAAUAUUAGGACACUUAACCGUAAGACUAAUAUAAGUUAAAGUUAAGUAGUAUUAUAAAGAGAAGAGAUAAUGAUAUAAGUAUCAUUGAAUACACAAAGUCAAUAUUUUAUUAAUAUUAAAUAAUGUAAAGAUGGCACUGU